AUGUUGUUGAAUAAAAUUAGAGUUGUCGGAAAAGUUUUACCACUAGAAUACAAAGAGAAAAGUCUAACUAAAGAAUUACUAAUUUAUUUUAGUUUGUUGGUUACUAAUCCUAACGGAGUGCAUAGUUUAUUGCGUUGCCACACUAGCGGUAAAGCGGCUUCGGCCCUGAAAGAACAGGUGGUUGCUGACGAAAUAAUUGAAGUUAAAGGUUAUUUACGAAACGAGAAAAAAGGACGACAAAUAAUAAUCCAGGUAGUAGAAUUUAGCAAACUAGAAGACAUUCCUGAUUAUGCGGUUAACCAAGUGCGAUUGUUGGGAAGAGUGAUUAGUGAUUACGAAAUGGCCCCAAAAGAAAAUCUUUUUUCUUUCAAACUAGAAGUGCCAACUAAGGAAAAUCCACUUAAUACUUUUUUUUGUCGUGCCCAUGACGAGUUAGCCACUGAAAUGGCUAAGCAAGUGCGAAAAAAUGACCUUAUUUUAUUAGAAGGAUUUCUGCAAACUAAGAAAUUAACUUCCCCAACCGAACUUUAUCCAGAAAAAAUCACACGGAUUUCUUCGCUUAUUUGUCAAAGUUUUGUUUUGCUGGAUACGGUUACUGUUAACAAUUUUUAUCCCUGGAACAAUUUGGUUCUUAUUAGCAAAGAAACCAAAAAAAUUGAUUUUACUAAACCGAAGGAGACUGAUUAG